GCACUGAGCCGGCUUGUCACCACGGGGCCCCGGAGAUCAUGGGGAAGCUGGUGGUGCUGACCCUGCUUGGGGCCGUCCUGGCCCUAAUAGGGGAGAGAUUAGUGGCGUUUAGACAAAGAACAAAUGCAUCUCGAGCAGUGGAGCCAGUAGACCUCCCAAACUGCCACCUUAUUGAGGGACUUGAAAAUGGCUCUGAAGAUAUUGAUAUACUUCCUAAUGGGCUGGCUUUUAUCUCCAGUGGAUUAAAAUAUCCAGGCAUGCCAAACUUUGCACCAGAUGAGCCAGGACAGAUUUUCUUGAUGGAUCUGAAUGAGCAAAACCCAAGGGUCCAGGCACUAAACAUCAGUGAUGGUUUUGACAAAGCAUCAUUUAAUCCACACGGAAUCAGUACUUUCAUCGACAAAGACCAUACCGUGUAUCUUUAUGUUGUGAAUCACCCCCACAUGAAGUCCACGGUGGAGAAAUUUAAAUUUGAGGAACAACAACGUUCUCUUGUACACCUGAAAACUAUAAAACAUGAACUUCUCACAAGCGUGAAUGACAUUGUGGUUCUUGGGCCAGAACAGUUCUAUGCCACCAGAGAUCACUAUUUUACCAACUUCUUCUUGGUACUAUUAGAGAUGAUCAUGGAUCUUCGCUGGACUGAUGUUCUUUUCUACAGUCCAAGAGAGGUCAAAGUGGUAGCCAAAGGAUUUAGUUCUGCCAAUGGGAUCACAGUCUCACUAGACAAAAAGUAUAUCUAUGUAGCUGAUGUAUUGGCUCAGAACGUUCAUGUACUGAAUAAGCAUCGUAACUGGGAUUUAACUCAAGUGAAGGUAAUACAGUUGGGCACUUUAGUGGAUAACUUAACUGUGGAUCCUGACACCGGAGAUAUUUUGGCAGGAUGCCAUCCUAAUGCCAUGAAGCUGCUGAUCUAUAACUCUGAGGAUCCUCCAGGGUCAGAAGUGCUUCGCAUCCAGGAUGUUUUGUCUGAGAAGCCCAAAAUAAGCACCACGUAUGCCAAUAAUGGCUCUGUGCUUCAGGGAAGCUCUGUGGCUUCUGUGUACCAUGGGAACCUUCUCAUAGGCACCGUAUUUCACAAAGCUUUGUACUGUUUGUUCUAGACUCUAGACAUCCCAAAAAGUCUUGUCAACCAACGAAAGACAAAACUGCAAGCUGCAAAAUAAAAUAAAUGUGUUUAUUUGGGGUCUUAGGGAUUGCAAUGUGGGAGACACAGAUUUGACUGGAAUUGAAAGCUUGCUCUAGAGAGACAAAGGAGGUUGGAGUUUUUAAAGAGGAAAGGGGGGCUUACUGAAGUUGUUUGAAGAAAAGGUGCUCAGUGUUGGUAUGGCUACAGUGACACCAAUCCAUGUGUGAUUGGUUGCUAGGGCUAGACAGUGCAUUUAGGUCCAUUUUAUUUUUUUAUUUGAUUUCAUUUUAUUUUUUGAAAGAAAGCACGUGCACACACACACACGCACGCGCGCACACACACACACACACACACACACGUGUGAGUGGGGGAGGAGCAGACAGAGAGGGAGAGAGAGAAUCUUAAGCAGGCUCCACACCCUGGAGCCAUGGAGGAGCUCAGUCCCAGGACCCACAAUGGUGAGAUCCAUGACCUGAGCCAAAAUCAAGAAUGGACGAUUAACUGAGCCAUUCAUGCGCCCCGUUUGUGCCCAUUUUAUGCGCCCGUUUAUGCCCACAUGGUAGAUGCCUUGGCUUUUAGUUUGUUUAUCACAAAUUCUGAGAAUUUGAUAGAGAAGAUGUGCAUAAGCCCCACCUCCUCAGUGUCCUCCCGGCUCCAUUUUAAAUAACUCUGUUAGUAAUGGU